ACCAGUGACUCCCUUCUCUGAUCCUCUCCUUCAAAAACCCGACCCGGCCUACCCCGCUCUCUUCACUCGCCGUUGAAAACUAAACCUCCGGUUCUGUCGCUCCGUUUAAACUGCUGUCCCUUCAAUCAUGGACGAGAAUUCAGCUCUUAUAGCACAACUUCUCAUGGAAGAUGAAAUAGAAAUGAGAAACGGUAACGGUAACGGUAACGGUAACGCUAACGCUAACGCUAACGGUAGCGUUAGCGGUAAAGAUCAGAACGACGGCGGAUGGAAAACAGUUACGUAUUCAAAACGAAACAAGAAACAACAACCCUCGAAAGUCUCGAACUCGUCGGAGAGUUCUUCCUCCGAUCACCAGCGAUCUAACGGCGUCGGCGGUGAGAAAGCUGAUGUGUUUCGGUCGAUUGAGAAGCAAUCGGAAGACCGGCGCCGGAGGAUUGAGGAGGAGUGGCGGAAGAGAGAGGAGGAGGAGAGUGGUGAGAGAGAUGGAUCGAAGCGGCAUUCUGAUGAGGAUGAUGGAGAGAGUGAAGAUGGAGGUCAUGGUGGAGACGGUGGUGGUGCUGGAGAGGAAGUGAAGAAGGUGAAGAAGCCGAAGGUGAAGAAACCAAAAGUAACGAUGGCGGAGGCGGCUGCGAAGAUCGAUGCCGGUGAUCUAGGCGCCUUUCUUGUUGACAUCACUGCGUCGUAUGAGACUCAGCAGGAUAUACUGUUAAUGAGAUUUGCUGAUUACUAUGGAAGAGCAUUUUCAUCAGUGAGUUCAGCUCAAUUUCCUUGGUUAAAGAUCUUCAAGGAGUCUCCUGUUUCCAAAUUGAUUGAUACCCCCCUCGCACACAUCUCUCAAGAUGUUUUCAAGGCAUCAGUUGACUGGCUUGGCCAGCGAUCCUUUGAAGCACUUGGGUCCUUUGUGUUAUGGUCAUUGGAUAGAAUUUUUGCUGACCUUGCAAGUCAUCAAGGAGUUGCCAAGGGAUCCAAAAAGGUGGUCCAGCGAUCACCAUCUAAGUCUCUGGUUGCUAUAUUUGUGGUUUUGGCAAUGACGUUACGACGCAAGCCUGAUGUGUUGAUCAAUUUAUUGCCGGUAAUUAGUGAAAAUCCAAAAUAUCAAGGACAAGACAAGCUUCCGGUCACUGGAUGGAUGAUUGCUCAGGCGUCCCAAGGAGAUUUGGUUGUGGGAUUAUACACAUGGAUUCGUGUUCUCUUCCCUAUGCUGAGUGGGAAAUCAAGCAGUAAUCCUCAAUCUAGAGACUUGAUCUUGCAGUUGGUUGAGAGAAUCUUGUCAUCCCCCAAAGCUCGUACAAUUUUAUUAAAUGGCGCUGUUAAAAAGGGUGAGCGCUUAGUGCCACCUUCAGCUCUUGAACUUUUGAUGAGACUCACCUUCCCAGUUCCUUCAGCUAGAGUUAAGGCAACUGAGAGAUUCGAAGCUGUUUAUCCAACCUUGAAGGAGGUUGCUCUUGCUGGUUCCUCAGGAAGCAAAGCAAUGAAACAAGUUCCGCAGCAGAUAUUGAACAUUGCAGUCAAAGCCACCGGAGAAGGUAGCUCUGAACUGUCUAGGGAAGCAAGUGACAUUUUUAUUUGGUGUUUGACACAGAACCCUAAUAGUUACAAACAAUGGGACAUGUUUUAUCUGGAUAAUCUUGAAGCAAGUGUCACUGUUUUGAGAAGGCUGUCUAAUGAAUGGAAGGACUACUCGGUCAAACAUUCUUCUCUUGACCCUGUGAGGGAAACUCUGAAGAGUUUCAGGCAGAAGAAUGAGAAAGCAUUGGCAGAGGAGGAAAAUGCAGGGGACUAUGCAUCCUUGAAAGAAGCAGACAAGUACUGCAAGGCAAUUCUGGGACGACUGUCGCGAGGCCAUGGAUGCAUAAGAAGCCUGUUUAUUGUGUCAGCUGCUCUGGCUGCGGGAGCUGUUAUCAUAUCCCAGAAGGAAUACUGGGACUUGCAAAAACUCUCCGCAAUGCUCAACUUACCACCCUCCUAAGUUCGUCAUGGAGGUUCCCAGCAGUGAACGGCUUUCAUCAUUGCCACUACUGGUUAUGUCCGGCUUAGCGCAGUUCUUCCCGACGUUCCAUUGUAAAAUGGGCAGAGUACGAGGAGUCUUAUAAUGCAAAUAGGAGGCAGCAAUAGCAAAAUAGUGGCCAAAAGGAGUUGGCUGGCACAUAUCACAGAAUAUUGGUCUGUCUAGUUUUCGGAUUCAAGCCAGUUUUUAAUAACUAGGGUUUGCCCUUCGUAAUAAGUAAUUUAUAUGGUUUGUGAUGUUAGAUCAUAAAGCUGUGUAAAUGCAAUCUUGGUGUGCUUGGAAGCAUAAUCAAAUUAUUUUUGUUUUCUUA